AUGACGAAAGUUCCCCAGAGGUUUGAUUUCAGUUUCUUAAAUGACGAAGAAGCCCGGAAGAUCCUUCGCGUGCUGGAAAGAAAUGAGGCGCUACAAAGGUCAGAGAAGGAGAGGAUCAGCAAACUCCAGAAGACAAAAAGAGAUGUCAGAUGGCUUCAAGGAGUGACCGGUGAAUGGUUUGAAGAAAUUCAAAGAAAAAAGUUCUGCAACGAAACAGACGUCAGCCAAAUGUUAAAGCUACCGCUAACAUACAGGCUAAGGAAAGGGAUGGCAGAAAAAGAUCAGACCUCAAGAUCUCAACAUUUACCAAAUCAGAGAACCCCAACCUCGGUUGCCUCUAGACUGAGCUUCAGAUCCUCAUUUGCUUCCCUGUUCUCAUUCAGGAAAUCCCGAAAGGAGCCUCACUCCCUGGCCCCGAAAGGAUGUGUGGACCAGGCAGGACCUCCUGCAUCUGUGAGGGGAGCCACCAGGACCAAAAUACACAGCUCACCUCUGGAAACACCCCCAGGCGGCGGAGCAUUUGGCCCCAAACCUACAGACAUGAGGGAGGGAGGCAGCAUGUCUCGGUGGGAUGCUUCGCUGCUGGAGAAUGAGUUUUUCCAAGUUUUAGAUGACUUGGAUAGCAAGUUGGCUCAGGAACAAUUUUCCAGCUCAGUGACUUCCAGGACCCCGCUCCACCAUGGGUCAAGAACACAGUUCAAUCACUUUUACUCCAUUGGGAACAGACAUGGUCAUAUCACAGGAAGGCACAAAAAUUGUUAUAAUGAAACUUCUAAUAUGUCCAUCUAUGACAUCCUAAGACCAGGAACCCCUCGGGAGGGUUUUAAAACCUUUUCUCCUAGAACAAGGACAAUUUAUGAUAUGUACAGGACACGGGAGCCCAGAGUCCUGAAAGAGUAUAUGCAAAAGAAUACUUUUGGCAGUACUUCUCUGUGUCUUGACAGCAGGCAACGGUCAGCCUUGCCAGCUACAGGACAUUUCUCAGCAAGGAGCUUACAUUUUUCUGGUGCAGCUCAGAACAAGAAUGGAUUUAUAGCACCAAGCCACCAGCAGACCCCAAAGAGAAUUCCUUUAUCAUCCAUCAUAUGGAAUAGAGCAGAUUCUUCUAGAGAAAGGCAGAACAAAGAAGAGUUCCCAACGGCUCCCUCACCAAUGGAAGUGGACCCUGCUGACCAGUAUUCGUAUCCCAGAUGUGUUCAGGAGAAUACAAAAUAUGAUUUUUACCGGUCACAGAGUGUUUAUCAAAGAGGUAAUUUAAAUGCUCCCAUGGAUCAUGCAAUGUGUUCUGACCCAUUUGAGAACUCGGAGAAUAUGCCAUUCUACCCUCAAGGCAACACAUUUGCUGUGCCUUUCUUUAACACUACUUUCGGGCAAAACAGGGAACAGGGGUUUGGACAGAGUCCUUUGUGGUCAAACUUACAUCAAUUCAGGAAACCAUUCACUUCUGACGAAGAUGCUGAAAUGGCUUCCAUUGAAACAAACAGCACACCCACUGGUCACGGCUAUCGUGGUCCUUCUCAACACUGGGGAUCUUUGUCUCAUCGAUAUAGGAGAAAUGUCUCCAGAGACCAAGAAGAGCCACAUCCUUGGCAGUUCAAUUCUCAGACAUCCACACCGGAGAACAUAGAGAUGUCACAAGAUCAUGGGAACCAGCCACACCUUCAUUUUGGUGCACCAAACGCUGGCUCCUUGGCUGGUUCAAGCUAUCCCAUCAAGUCUGAUGGGAUAGAGUGUCAGCACGACAGUGCUUUGACAGAAGACCAGAUAAACAAAGAACCUUACUCAUUUGGGAAAGCUCCAUCUCUAGCAUCUUCCUCCAAAUGUUUCCUCCCCCAGAUUUCUGAUGACAAAAGGAAUUCUCAGGGGCCCAGCUUUCAGAACCCCACCGUCACUUGGCAGAAAACUAGUCCCGAUCAACCUGUCUCUCUUCCACUGAAAGGCUGUAUAAAGGUCACGGUCACCAAUAGCAGCCCAGCUGACUGCCCAUCGCUUACUGAAAGCCAACCCCGUAUCUUGGUCACAGAAGACCAAGAGUUGGAUGAAUCUAGUUUGGAAAAAGAAAAACAACUAAACGAGGUGGACCAGACAAACAUGGCAAAUGAAAUACUCCAACCUAUUUCACAGACAGUCAGCCCCAGCCCCUCAACUGAUUCUCAAAGCCCUCUCUCCCAGGACUCAGCCAAGAGCAACAGGUUUGUUUUUAAUGCAUCUACCACCAUCAAUUCAAAAGGGUCACCCAGAGGCAGUUCUAGGAGAGACAACUCCAAAAUGUAUACACCACACAAGUUGGAAAUCAGUAAAUUUAAAAAAGAUUUGAGUAGUACUGGGAAUAGAAAACUUGGUUCAGCAAAUCCCUUUCUUCUCGUUCGGGAAAGCAGAGCAUCAUCUUUCCCCAGCACAAGUCAGGGUUGUCACCAGGAAAUAACAGUAAAUAAUGAAGAGAUUAUUCAAAAUAACUCUGACUCUACUGAUAAUCAAAACUUAGAGCAUCCAGAAAGACAUUCUAUUUUAGACUCUAAGGAAGGACAAUGUAUCAUAAGUCCUACCACUUAUAGCAAGUCAGCUCCCUUAGCUCUGUCAAAGUCACUACCAGAUUCCUCACCGGUGAAUAAUUCUUUCCUCAGUACUCUGACUAUUCCUCCUACAUUAGUACUGUCCAGGAAAAGUCUUUCAGUCCCAGAUCCUUCUCUGAGAGAAAGAGAAGAAAGAGACAGUGAUAGCAGGAACCUAACUAGCCAGUUCGUUCCAAGCUCCUCAGAAAACCAAAAGACUAAUGAUAGUUGUGUGUCUGUACUGAAUGAAGUGGCAGAUAUUAUCAAAUACCAGUCACAUCUUUCACUCAGGGAUGGAAAGGGGGAAGGAAGUGUAAGACAGCGUAUAUCCUAUAUCGAAAAGCUAAGCAAAACAGAAAGUAGAACAACACUCACACGCGACAGCAGCAGUCAGAGUAAGUGGAAUCAAAGUGAUCCCAAGGUUCCUAGUUUUCACACAACUUAUUGUACAUUACCAAGGAAAUCGGCCAGUUUUUUCAUCAAUAGCAGGAAGUCGGAAAGUGAGGUCAUGACAUCUUCCCUGAGGAAUGAGCCACUUCCAUUCCAAAUCAGAGAUAAUGUCGAAGAUCCGAGACAGAAGUACACACCAGACAAAUUUAGUCCCCGUUCUUCUGAGUCAAAAAACCAAAGAUCCAAAGUUGUUUCGGACCGAAUCCCAGUGGCCCCGGAAGCCCCAGAGAGCAUGGCAGAGAUGGAAACCACUGGAUCUGCUUCUGUCAGGAAACGCCCACUUCCGUUCCUCAUUCAGAGAGCUGCAUCCUGUCCCUCCGGGACAUGCACCUCAGCGGGAAGAGGUGAGAGAGAAUGUUUGGGUUCAUCUGCCUACGCGUCCGCCAUUACACCAAGGCCUUGGGAGAGAACCACUAACCCCCCGGAGAGUGUCUCAUCUGGCAGGGGUCAUUCUCUUCCCAAAAGAGUCCAGCAGAAGGAAUACUUUGAGGAUAAGGGUGGUCAAAUCGCUGCCUCCAGAAAAGGUGUCAGUCCCCCUUCCAAGGAAGACUCUUUACCUUUUGCUUCAGACCUAUCAGGAGAAGAAAGCGGGGAAGCAGUACAUAAGUGGAGGACGACAAGUAUGUUUUCUGUUUCUGGUGAUGAAGACAAUGUAAAAUGUUUUGAGAUGGUAUCAAUAUAUUAUACUCUACCGAGGAACCAAGGCAAGAAGAUCUACAACUUGCUUCAAAAGUAUUCACUUACAGAAUCCUCUAAAGUGGGGAUGGAAACAUAUCCUGAUACUUUAGAAGAAGACAAGGGAAACUAUUCUACACCAGCACAGGCAAGAACGCCAUCACCAGAGGCUCUAGCCGAACCUGUCAGCCCUGCUCAGAAUGGCCAUUUCCCCCCCGCCACUGACAGCAGGGCUGCCUCGGGGUCUCCGUGUAUCGACUCCCCAGAACCUACAUCUCUGGGACUGGCUCCCACCGGGGCAGAUGCUUCUCUUCACAAAGGAGGAUCUAAAACCAGAGAGAUUUCCCCACAUAAUGUAGCUAAAACUCUAGGUGAUUCACACAGCAGGAAAGCAAGAGGGAAAAAAAUGCAGAGUGAAAUGCUGCAUCUAUCCUCGGUGCUCUGGAGAAAAACAGAAACAGUAGAGAAAACUGAAAAUCACCAGCAAUCAAUUCAAUUGGAUAACAGUGGUCCUCAUCCUCCAGCCCAUUCCAGGGAGGAUAUGGAAAAUUCCCAAAUGCUCAGAAGGACUGUGGGGUGGGCAGGUAGUGGGAAAGCUACAAACGCUGGAAGUGGGACAUGGCCUCAGAAAGCUGUCACGGGCACAGCUAUACAUGACAGAGCCAGUGGGCUGUGGUGUGGGGAGGCCAGAGGGGACCCUGGAGCAGAUUUCCAAAAAAUGACAGCCAAAACACUUUGUGACUCGGAAAGCCAAACCUUAGCUCUUACUUUAGCUUUGCAGAAGCUGCACCUUGAUGAGGCUCAUUCAGGUGAGCCAGAUUUAGAGAGUUUGCAGUCUGAACCCAGAGAACUACCUCAAAGAGGUCAUGAGGUGGACAUGACAGGGAGCCGGCAGGCCGAGGAGGAUCUGCGGAGGUUGGCUUGGGGUCAACAUUUACUUCCUGGAGGAAGUCCUAAAAAUAAAAUUGACUUGGAUGACCUAGAAAAAGGGAAAACCAGAUCGUCCGUUAAACACAGGCUGGCGGCCAUGUCCAAAGCUAGCAGAAAAUUUUCAGCUAAAGAUUUAAAUUCCAGGAGACACGUCGCUACUAUCUUUCCCCCAAGUGGGAACCAUUCUGGCUUCGGCGGGUUCUCUCUUGGCACAUCACAGAGCGGCCUGCUGUCCCCCGAGUCUUCUCCAAAGGCCACAGAAUCCACACGUGAAAGCAGGUUGAGCAACGACGGGAAGGAUGCAGAGGACUCCGCGAGCCCUGGCCAGGGCCAGAUAUCACCCCGCAGAGACGCGGCGUCACACUUAAGCAACACAAAGUCCGACAGCAUUUCACAACCUCAUCAGAACGAGUUUGAAAACAUCUCCGAAUCUGCGCCAAGGUAUGAGAAUUCUAAAGAUGUAACAGCAGCUCAGAAUUGGGAAACAGAGUCAGAAACUUUGACCCAUCAAGCCACCUUCACCAGCCUCCGGGAAACAGGCUGUGCAGACCACCGACGGACGCUGCCCCUGUCUCUGCCCCUGGAGCAUGCGCAGAACUCUGCACGCGGUCCCCCGGCCAGUUGUCCGCAACUGGGCAUCAGCGCUGGGUCUCCGGAGUGGGAACCUGAGCCACAGGCCUAUCGUUCGAAGAGUUUAAAAAACCUCCAUCUGCAUGGUGACCUGCGACGCCAGAGUCAGCCUCCCAAAAGCAGGGAGCGCCACUUUUCUGAAAACACUUCUAUCGACCACGCCCUGGGACGACUGACACUUGGGAAUGAAUUAUCUGUCAACAGUGGCUAUAGUCGAAGAUUCAAAUCCUUUUCUGAGUUUCCCUCCUGUGAAGACAAGGAGGCAUGGCCUUUGUACAGUGGCAGGACUAGAGCAGACUCCAGACCCACGUCUUCUAUAUCCAGACCUAUUGAUUAUGGAAUUUUUGGGAAAGAACAGCAGUUGGCCUUCUUGGAGAACGUGAAGAGGUCACUCACAGAAGGAAGGCUAUGGAAACCAAGUUUUCUUAAGAACCCCGGCUUUCUGAAAGAUUCUCUCGUUAGUCCUCCUAACCCAGAAGAGUCGGGAAGCUCUAAUUCUCCUGACAAUCCCAUGCCGGAAGAGGGCUUAUUUCCAAGCACGCCACUCAACAUCUAUGAAGAUGACACCGUGGACUCAGACUGUGACACUGAUACAACCACAGACGAUGAAUACUACCUGGAUGAACAUGACAAAGAGUCAGAACUGUGAAGUGUUUUUCAUCGGAACGGAUAACCUCUCUACUAAGAGCCUGCUAGGGAAGCAGGGGAAAGUCCACAGGAGGACAGUGGAAAAGGCCUAGUCCAGGCAGUGCCUGCUGAGAAGCCAACCGUCUCUCCCCCUUCACCCUCCAUGCUCUAUGGAUGUGCACUCUUUCGCACUCGAGAACAGCAAGCUCCUGCUUGCCCGGGUUCUCUGCAGAUUUCUCCCUGUGUGCAUUGUCUUAGCCUUCCUCUCUUCCGCCUAGUUAACCGCUAACUCAACUUUGGCUUUUUUCCCCCUUGCUUUCUCCCCUAAUGUUUUUACACCUUUCAUUGUGAUUGACAACCAUGACAUCUCAGGCACAUACAACAUAUUAGUUACCCAGCACAGCCACAAAAACCCUUGCCUCUGCUGGGCCACACCUCCUACUGUAAUUUAAAUAAAAUGUAAGGAUGAUGACAGUGGGGUAAAUAUUAUCAUCCAUUCUGACUCAUCAUCACUGAGGAGGUUUUGAGUUUGGAUUUUUUUUCUUUCGAACAAACAUAAGGGGAUUCUCAGGACAUUCGUUCCUGCUGUAGUGAAGCCAGAAGAACAUAAAUUUCCAUUGGUGAGGUCGCAGGAGAGUAGAGUAGUGGAGUCCACAGGAAGAGAGAAAGAGAACACUCCCAGAAUGCCUUUGACAUCACCUACAGGCUGACAAAGUUCAGCUUCAAUCCAGUCAAGGACUCCGACCAGGCAAUCUGGCUGUAUUGAAAGUGAUUUGGUCACAGAAUUCUGCUUAGAAAGGAACUAGAACAAAUAGAUGGAGCUAAGUAGAAAUCCCUUUCACGAGGAUGACUUUCACUGAAGCUGCUUUUCCCAUUUCUCCAAAACUACCCCCUUUGCUAUUCAUUUCCACGUAAACAUUUUAGUCCAGGGAUCAAGUGGUUGCCUUGGACAAGUCCCUAAAAUGCUGCCAAGCGGAUCCCACAUCGGAAUGCACUUGUGAGCAAGGCCAUUGACCAAGCCCUUGGGAUUUGCAGGCAGAGCCACCUCAGGGCUUGUCACGGGGAUUAGCUCAAUAAUUAUCUACACGAGUAAUUUCUCAUACCCGCGGAUAAUUUGACGUUGCUAACCCUGCAGUUACCCUGCAGAAUUUAGGGGAUUUCUCUCCUAACCAGCGUCAAGAGCAGUAGAUGGUGGUGAAUGUUGGCUACCACUGCAGACAGCACGCCAUCCUGAUUAGUCUGGGAAGGUGGCAUGAAUGGAUUGCACUGAUUUGGUUAAUAUUUACUUCCUGACCUAAUUUUGCUUUUCAUUUUUCUCGCUUAAUCUGUCUCAUCUGUAUGAAUUAAAGAUAAUGGUAGGCAUCGGUGAAGUUUACAGAGAUCAGGAGUGGUUGAACGACAUCAUUGUUAUCCUCCUUCCCUGCCUUGCCUAGAAGUAGAAUGCCAGGACUAGCUUUCCUGGGACUGUUGAAGAUGUGGUAACUAUAAGAAAGUGAUUCCUUAAAUCUGUAAAUGCUUUAAACUUUAGGCUCCAACCAAUCUUGAGUUCAAAGAGAUGAACAUGAUUUUAAAUCAACUGCUGAACUUUCCAAUUUGAAUUUGUAUGGUAAAGAAUCAACAUUUUAUUGUGUGUUGUCUGUUUAUUAAUUUUACCUUUCCAUUUUUUCUAUUUAUCCAAUUAUUUAAGUUUUCAUAAACUAUGACCUGUUUUCUAUGUAAAAUUAAGAUAUGCAGAGUUAAUAUUUUAUUAUAGAGAUUCUUGAUUUUUUUUUUGUGCAAGAUCAGCUUGCAAAUUCUAUGUCUGUAAAUAUUCUCAGACUAUGUAUGCUAACAAAGGUGAAAUGAAGUUAGCUUAUUUUUCACAGUGGUUAGGCUACUUCAAUAGUUAUGUAAUUUAAUGUGAGGAUAAAUAAUUCUUUUAGGGCCCUGAUUCUCAGCACUGGAACCCACUAUCAAAAUUCAAAGGUCUUUGGCAACCAGUGGCACUUACACUGCUUGUAAUGCUUGUUGGUCUGACUCAAGAAUCCAGAAAACAACUUUCAUGAAAAUAGCACCUUCUAUAGUUUUAUACUUUUAUAAAACACUUCGUUAAAGAAGUGUGGCAAAUUUCUAUGUAUUUUAACAUAACAAUGGCUGCUCUUUUUAAUAUUCACCUUUGGUACAGCUAUAGUAAUUUAUAAUAGUCAUUUUUAUACUCAUACCUGGGUCUCUAAAAGAAAGAUCACUAAUAAAAUAAAUAUUCACAUCAAUGGAAUACAUCAUGAGGGAAUCAAUACUAAGUAGCUUGUAAAUUAUUGUUUAGACAAUGGACUUAUAUAGGCAUAACUACUAGACUGAAAAGUCCAUUUACAAUAGGACUUGAAGAGAUUAAUGUUUUAAGAGAUUUCCCUCUACAUAACUUACUUCCCUUACAUUGUAAGUACAUUGAUGUUAAUAAAACUCUAACUCCUACUCACAAGGUUUUGGCGGCUAAUAAGCUAAUAAAAGCUACUUUGUGUAGGAGACAAAUGUGUACCUACAGUGAAGGUGGAGAAAGAAAGCCCAGUUAGGCCCUAAUGAGGAUGGGAAUCAAAUUGAGAAAUUCAGCCCCUGAAAAAUAAUAUCCUCUGUUGAACUAAAGAGGGUUAAAGAGACCUUCUUGUUAAGCGUUUACUGUUCAGAGUAUCCAUUUAAAUGCAAUGUAAAUAUGUAAAUAUUUUACUUUGAAAAGCAAGUGUAUGAAUGUAUUAAUAUUACCACUUAGUGGCUCUUUGUGACUGCUGUUUCUGAAACAAAUAAGCCUUAAGCACUUUUGUUAAAGUUGUCAAAUAAUCCUUGUAUGUAGUUCUCCAGAUAUGAAACAUGUUACAAGCUGCACAUUUAAAAUGC